AUGUCAAGCGGAGAGGUGCUCAAGGCCGACAAGGACUUUACAAAAGAGGCAGAUGCAGCCAUUCCAGAGGCCGAAAAGCUAGGCGCAAAGAAUGCACAAGCUGGAAUCGACCAGCUGCUCACUCUCGAGAAGAAGACGCGCCAGGCAUCAGAUCUCGCAUCCACCUCCCGAAUCAUCAUCGCCAUCGUCACAAUAGCCAAGAAUGCGGGCGAUUGGAAUUUGAUGAACGAGCAGGUCCUGCUCCUUUCGAAGAAGCAUGGACAGCUCAAGCAGGCCACUACCAAGAUGGUGCAGACCGUCAUGGGAUUUUUGGACGAAACGCCGAACCUCGAAACGAAAUUAUCCGUCAUCGAGACGUUGCGAACAGUCACCGAGGGCAAGAUCUUUGUAGAAGUCGAGCGAGCCCGCGUUACUCGAAUAUUGUCCAACAUCAAAAAGGAGCAAGGCGACAUCAACGCGGCGACCGACAUCCUUUGUGAACUCCAAGUCGAAACCUUCGGCUCCAUGACCCGACGAGAGAAGACCGAGUUCAUCUUACAACAAGUCUCACUCUGCAUAGAAAAGGGCGAUUGGACACAGGCUGGUAUCCUAAGCAGGAAGAUUAGCACAAAGUACUUUGCGCGGAGACCAAAGAAGUCGGCAGAGCAGCUCGAGAAGGAACAGAAGGAACGCGAGGAGAAGGAAAAGACAAGGAGUGUCGAUGACCCGCCCAUUGAGCCAGAAGAUGAUGUCACAGAUCUCAAGCUUAGGUAUUAUGAGCAGCAGAUCACUCUAGCCAAGCACGACGACAAGUACUUGGACGCCUGCAAGCACUACCGCCAGGUUCUUGACACUGAGGCGGUAGAGCAAGACCCCAAGAAGCUCCAAGCGGUCCUCCAACGUGUCAUCUACUUCGUUAUUCUUGCGCCAUACGACAACGAGCAGUCGGACCUCAUUCACCGUAUCCAACGCGACUCGCGAAAUUCGCAGAUCCCACAAGACGCACAACUUGUCAAGCUCUUCACCGUGCCCGAGCUGAUGAGAUGGCCCAUGGUAGCGAAGCAGUUCGGCCCCCACCUGACAGAGACCGAUGUUUUCGACGCAGAGAAGGACGACUCAGACGACCCCAAGGCAUUCCAGAGGUGGCAGGAUCUGCGCAAGCGUGUCAUUGAGCACAACGUCCGCGUUGUCGCCAAGUACUACACACGCAUCCAGAUUCCACGCCUGACUGAGCUUCUGGAUUUGACCGAGGACGAGACGGAGAAGAACAUUAGCGAGCUCGUCACUGCAAAGACCAUCUAUGCCAAGAUCGAUCGACCUGCGCGCGUCGUCACGUUCUCUAAGCCCAGGGAUUCCGAUGAUGUGUUGAAUGAGUGGAGUGGGAAUAUGAAGAGCUUGCUCGGUCUCUUGGAGCGCGUUGAUCAUCUCAUCACCAAAGAGGAGAUGAUGGCUCGCAUUCAACCUACCAAGAUCGAGAAGAGUAAGGCAGUCAAGGGCAAGGCAAAAUAG